AAUGGAACUGGACAUGGAUAUGGAUAUGGGAAUGGGCAUGGCAACGGGCUUCCUUUCGGACGCAGACAUGCAGAUGGACGAACCGGCGGCCGCCACGCAAUCGAUCUACCCGCAUUCGGCGACAUUAUUCGCGGCCAUUAGUGCCUGUGUCUUUGUGACGAUCGGCGUUCUUGGCAACCUGAUUACCCUGCUGGCGCUGCUCAAGAGCCCCACGAUACGGGAGCACGCCACAACCGCCUUCGUCAUCUCGCUGAGCAUCUCCGACCUGCUCUUCUGCUCCUUCAGCCUGCCACUGACCGCAGUGCGAUUCUUCCAGGAGAGCUGGACUUUUGGUACCACGUUAUGCAAGAUCUUUCCGGUGAUCUUCUACGGCAAUGUGGCUGUUUCACUCCUCAGCAUGGUGGGCAUCACCCUGAACAGAUAUAUACUCAUCGCUUGCCACAGCCGCUACUCGCAGAUAUAUAAGCCCAAGUUCAUAACCCUGCAGCUGUUGUUCGUUUGGGCCGUGUCCUUUCUGCUGCUGCUGCCGCCCAUACUGGGCAUCUGGGGCGAGAUGGGCCUGGACGAGGCCACCUUCUCCUGCACAAUACUCAAGAAGGAGGGACGAUCGAUCAAGAAGACGCUGUUCGUGAUCGGCUUCCUGCUGCCCUGCCUGGUGAUCAUCGUCUCGUACUCGUGCAUCUACAUUACGGUGCUGCACCAGAAAAAGAAGAUUCGCAACCACGACAACUUCCAGAUCGCAGCGAGUGCGGCGGCCAAGGGCUCCUCGUCGUCGGGAGGCGGAUCCUACAUGACCACCACGUGCACGCGCAAGGCGCGCGAGGACAAUCGACUGACCGUCAUGAUGGUCACCAUCUUUCUGUGCUUCCUCGUCUGCUUCCUGCCGCUAAUGCUGGCCAAUGUGGUGGACGACGAGCGCAAUACCUCGUACCCCUGGCUGCACAUCAUCGCCUCCGUGAUGGCCUGGGCUUCCAGUGUCAUCAACCCGAUCAUCUAUGCGGCCAGCAAUCGCAACUACAGGGUGGCCUACUACAAGAUCUUCGCGCUGCUCAAGUUCUGGGGCGAACCGAUGUCGCCGAUGCCGAGUAGAAACUAUCACCAAAGCAAGAACUCCAAGGAGCUGUCGGGCGUCAUCCGCAGCACGCCGCUCUUUCACGCUGUGCAGAAGAAUAGUAUUAACCAAAUGUGCCAAACAUAUUCAGUAUGAUCGAGCUCGCAGUCGAGAGUCUGUGUAACUAGAGCUUGUAAUUCAUAUCAAUUACCUACUUAUUACUUGUUAGUUCAUAAUUAUUUACGAUGUAUGGCCGUGCUUACAUCAAAGACAAUCGAAUUAAAUACAUAUACGUAGACCAAUUGAGAA